GACGACCUUCCCAGCAUCGUCACCUCCCUCUGUAGGCGCAAUUUAGCCCCGAAUAACGGAGAAGCGCUUAGAAUUUUUUUGGACUAUUUGGUACUAACUCGCCUCGAUAGGUCUAUAGGUUCGGUGUCGGUGAGCUGGCCACUCUGCGGUCUGCCAUGUCUCCUUCGCGGGUCUGAGCAGACACUGGAAGGGGACAAAGGGAAAUGCAUCUCCGGAGCGCCGAACCUGUUCCCUCUCGCCCAGCACAAAGCCUGUGAAGCAGGCCGUGUUUCUCCUCGCAGCCACAGGCAGAUGAUGCUCAAACAUGUCGGGGAAUCAUUUCAAAGGCCACGAAGUCAGUUGCUGCAUCAAAUACUUCAUUUUUGGCUUCAACAUCCUGUUCUGGCUGCUGGGCAUGGCAUUAGUAGGGAUUGGACUGUGGGCAUGGAGUGAGAAGGGUGUCCUGUCAAACAUCUCAUCCAUCACCGACCUGGGGGGCCUUGACCCUGUGUGGCUCUUUAUGGUGGUUGGAGGGGUUAUGUUCAUUCUGGGCUUUGCCGGCUGCAUUGGAGCUCUUCGGGAAAAUACAUUUUUGCUUAAGUUUUUCUCUGUAUUUCUGGGAAUCAUCUUUUUCCUGGAGUUGACAACAGGAGUUCUGGCCUUUGUUUUUAAGGACUGGAUUAAGGACCAACUCAACCUGUUCAUCAACAACAACAUUCGGGCAUAUAGGGACGACAUCGACCUACAGAACCUCAUUGAUUUCACUCAGGAAUAUUGGGAGUGCUGUGGCGCAUUCGGAGCGGACGACUGGAACCUGAACAUUUACUUUAAUUGUACUGAUGGAAAUCCCAGUCGGGAAAAAUGUGGGGUUCCUUUCUCCUGCUGCACCAAGGACCCUGCGGAGGAUGUGAUAAACACUCAGUGUGGCUAUGACAUCAGAGCAAAACCAGACUCGGAGCAGAAGGACUACAUCAAUGUGAAAGGCUGCGUUCCUCAGUUUGAAAGGUGGCUCCAGGAUAACCUAACCUUGGUGGCUGGGAUCUUCAUUGGAGUGGCAUUAUUGCAGAUUUUUGGGAUUUGUUUGGCCCAGAAUUUAGUGAGUGACAUCGAGGCAGUGAGGGCGAGCUGGUGAGACACCAUCAACCUUUCGUCUGCUCUUAGUUCUCAUGAGCUC